AUGUCUACCCAAAAACAAAUAUCACCAUGGCAAUCCAUAUUGGCCGGAGGUGUUGCUGGCGGCUUUGAGAGUUUGAUCACUUAUCCAACCGAAUACUUGAAGACUCGCCAGCAACUUUACAAGUCUGGUGGCGCGACGAGACAAUCACUCCCACAAAUCCUGUCCUCAAUCAUUCGACAUCAUGGCAUCCGGACUCUAUACACCGGCGCGGGUAUCUUCUGCGCCUCCAAUGCCUCAAAGUCCGGAAUUCGGUUCUUCACAUUUGAUAUGGUCCGACAACUUAUGCCGACUGAUACAAAGGGGAAGGUUACCCCGCUAGGCAACAUGUGCGCAGCCUUAAUGGCGGGAGUGGCAGAGGCAGUUGUCGUAGUCACUCCUGGAGAAACCAUUAAGACGAAGAUGAUUGACGACCGAGCUGGGCCGAAGCUAUAUAGAUCGACUGGACAUGCCAUCGUCUCUAUUUUCAACAAGGAAGGCCUGAGUGGGCUAUACCGUGGCGUGAUUCCAGUGACACUGAAGCAAUCUGCAAAUGCCAUGGUGCGCUUUACAAGCUACAAUAUCUUUCUAGGAAAGAUGGAGGCGACAUCCAUGCCAAAAUCCGUCAGCACUGUAGUGGCGGGUGCUAUGGCGGGUAUUGUCACGGUAUAUGCGACGAUGCCGUUCGAUUCGGUCAAGACUCGACUGCAGGCUAUCGAUGCAAAUCAGCUCUAUCGCGGCUCGCUGGAUUGCUUUCGCUCGGUGAUCACACAGGAGGGCGUUUGUGCGUUAUGGCGAGGAACUACGCCGCGAUUGGUGCGGUUGAGUGUUCGUGAUUCAUCACCUUCUUCUAUUGUUCAGUGGCAAGACUAA